AACUACGGACCGAAGUCCGUUCGACUCAAAUAGCAUACUAGAGUCACUUGGUUUCUUCAAUGAAAUCUGUAUAUCACUUUAAAGUUGCUUUUAAAUAUGUUCAUGUCAUUGUCAUAUUGACUGUUAAGAACCAUUUUCGUGUCUAAACUGAGCGCAACGUACAUUUUCCGCCUAUAGAGGCAUGUUGACCUCACGUGACCCCCUUUUGGCCUGAUUCAGUUUAUUGCCAUAGUCCCAUAUUGUACGCAUGAAGGUGUAUUGAUUAUCUUUUCACACUUCAGUUGAGGGGCGGGUGAUUCAAUUGACUCAGUGGCCACAUGAUGUGCUGUGGCCUAGUGAGCGACUGUUGUACUUUACUAGAAGGUGUCCUCUUGUGGAAUGUGUCCGGGCGAUGACGUCACGUCUGGCAGUAUGAUCGGACUUAAAAAAAAAAAAAAGAGCAAAUGAAGGAUUCGAAGGCAGUUUCUAUGACAGUUUUAUUAACCAUAUAUGCUAACAGAUAGUUUGCCAGGCAUCACUUCCCGGUUUGGCGACUGCCGCAUCCUGAUUGGCCGACAUCUCUCUGAUCCGUUCAGACACUUCAUCCUCUCACAAUAGUCUGGGUCGGACUUCUUCGUAGACAGCUCACCCGAACGGAAUGAGUCCGAGGCUACUUCCUGGUCUGAUGAUGUCGCAGUACAUGGCAGCCAAUCACAAUGCGUUCGCCGUCAUCAGACAUAUGGUUGGAAUACACUCAAUAAUAUCGUCUUUUGCUAUAAAUGUUUUGCAUGUGGUAGAAAGCACCACCAAACCCUCCAUUUCAAGUUUCACUGAAGCACUGAAACACUGAGCGUUGUAAGAACAAUGACAUCAGAAAACACAGAUCAAUGAACAAGGAAAUGAACUUUUAUGAAACUGACUUUAAAAAAAAAUGUUUGUCUUUAAUGUUGCUAUGCUUUGUAACAACAAAACGUCCCUGUUGUGGGAAGGAUGAAGACCAUCUAAUCGAAUCGAUUCAUCUCUUCCUCAACAAUUGAGUGUCUGAAAUCGGAUGUGUUUUUAUGAUCUUCUUGGCAGGAUGCUUUGCCUGUGGCAUGGAGAAUGGCUUCCGUGUCUACAACACAGAUCCCCUUAAAGAGAAGGAGAAGCAAGAGUUCCUGGAGGGUGGGGUCGGCCACGUGGAGAUGCUGUUCAGGUGUAACUACCUGGCACUGGUGGGCGGAGGGAAGAAGCCCAAGUACCCCACGAACAAAGUGAUGAUCUGGGACGACCUGAAGAAGAAGACAGUCAUCGAGAUCGAGUUCUCCACCGAGGUGAAGGCAGUGAAGCUUCGGCGCGACAGGAUUGUUGUCGUUCUGGACUCCAUGAUCAAAGUCUUCACUUUCACCCACAACCCCCACCAGCUGCAUGUGUUUGAGACCUGCUACAACCCUAAAGGUCUGUGCGUGCUGUGUCCCAACAGCAACAACUCCUUGCUGGCCUUUCCCGGGACUCACUCCGGGCACGUGCAGAUCGUCGAUCUGGCCAACACAGAGAAGCCGCCGGUGGACAUCCCUGCCCACGAGGGAGCGCUGUGCUGCAUCGCCCUCAACCUGCAGGGAACCAGGAUCGCUACGGCGUCGGAGAAGGGCACCCUGAUUCGGAUCUUCGACACGUCGGCUGGACAGCUCAUACAGGAGCUCAGACGGGGCUCGCAGACCGCCAACAUCUACUGCAUCAACUUCAACCAGGAUGCCUCUCUCAUCUGUGUGUCCAGUGACCACGGCACCGUCCACAUCUUCGCAGCCGAGGAUCCAAAAAGAAACAAACAGUCCAGUUUGGCUUCAGCCAGUUUCCUUCCCAAGUACUUCAGCUCUAAAUGGAGCUUCUCCAAGUUCCAGGUGCCCUCUGGCUCCCCGUGUUUGUGUGCCUUCGGAACCGAGCCCAACGCAGUCAUCGCCAUCUGUGCUGACGGCAGCUACUACAAGUUCCUGUUCAACCAGAAGGGGGAGUGCUCCCGGGACGUGUACGCCCAGUUCCUGGAGAUGACUGACGAGAAGAUCUGACCUUUGAGUUUGGUGUCGAACCCGUGUUAAAAAGUGUUAGCGGGGCGGAGCGACCGCACGUCUGUGACUCUGUCAGACUCUGGGAGAGCGGCGGAGGACCCGCAAUGACUCUGAGGACCCUCGCAGGACAUGGGGCGGGACCAAACGUGAGGGAGUUUUUGAAGAUGUCUUCCACAGGAUUAUAAACCGCACAGAAGUUCCAUCAACACCUGACGCUUGGGAGUGCCUCGCCUGGACACCUGUCACGCUCGAUCACAUUUACCUUCCCAACACAGACUGAACGUCACAACUGUACAAAGUAGAUAGGAGAAAGUCAAUGCUUUUUGUUAAUGCUUCAUCUGUGCAAUAUGAUUUCACGACAGUCGUCACCGCUGCUGCCCAGUAGUAGGAUCAAUACAUCGGGUUCAAAUGUUUACAUUCACGGUGGAAAUAAAUGCAAAUCACUUCUCCACUUAUUAGCUAAGAAUUCUUGAAUUUUUGAGGCGGGAGUCGCACCAUUCACCUUAGUAACAGCAGCACGGGGCGCUUGGUUUUGACAUCCUGAUGGAGCACCUGCUCUUAUUCUCACUUACAAAAGGUCCUGCUCUCACCGUUUUUCCAGGGUGGUGUCGAAAAUAAACCACUUCACCUUCAUACCAAGUAUCUCCUCAAGUGAUCCAGGAGCGUCACGUUUGGGUCUCUCUGUAUAAAUCUCACCUCCGCUGAUCCUUUCCUGACCGACAUUUCAGCUCUUGCACACCCAGUCGUUGAUCUUUAACUGUCACGCAUUUUGAAUGAGCUGCGUUCAGAUUUGUAAAUAAAAUAUAGUCUGCUUUUACAGUCCGAUGCCUCGUCGAUGGAAUCAUGACCAGUGAUGGGUUGACCUCACAUUCAGAGUCCACAAGGUGGCACUAUAUUUGGCUGCCGAUAGCUUUUUUUCAACGAAGCCUCACUUUGUCUUUAAACUCAGGACAUCACCUACUCAUGAUACUGUUUCAUGAAACCGGAUCACUACUGUCACAUCUACUAGAAGCUUCAGCCUUGCAGUCUACCAUCUUUGAACUACUAUACAUUAACAUUGUGUUAACCGAAGGCUCCACCUAAGGAGCACUAAAAAUGAGUGCACUGUUUCAUGAAGCCUCAUGACCUGACGGGUAGAUAAAGUAUCAUGAAACAGCAUUGCAGGGUUGAUGAAA